AUUAAUGUAAAUAUGAAACAUAGGUAUAUUUGUAAGUAAACUUAAUUUCCUGCUUGUUUGCCAUUUGUGAGCGACGACACGGAAACUAUCGGUAUGAAAAAGAUUAUACUUCCUGUACCGUCUGAAUACACUUGCCAAGGAAUACGUAACUCCUAAACAUCUAACUUUGUUCUUAACGGACGUUCGCCCGGCCAAGCGGACUUCAGGCUGAAAAAAAAUGGAGCCAGGGUACGACUACCACGUUGUUGGAACGAUUCAUAAUUUUGGAGUCUUCAAAAAUUCGGGAAAGAAGGUUAUCUUACAGAUUGACUUCAAGACCAACAAAGUCAACCUUAUAAAAAGAGGGACCAUUCAAUAUAAAUGUGACUUUGAUGAUCUCUCCUACGAUUCGGAGGAAGGAGUGUUGUUUUGCAUCAAAAUUGGCGGGAAACAGACAGAGCUCACAGCUGAAAACCUUGAGGAGAAGACCGCGAUCUGUCGUCUGCUGAGUAUCGUACAGUCGACUGCUGUUGAUUUGGUGAAACGCGAAGAUAGAAUAAACAGUUUGGAUAAAGAUGAAGAUCUUGUUGUCAGAACCCGGGCGGCGUCUGUACUGAAAGAAGGCGUGCUGGAAAAGAAAGGAAACGCCACCAUUCAAAUAUGGGCAAAGAGAAAAGUAAAGGUGACACCAGGAAUGUUUUCAUAUUUCAAAACCGAUGAACAGACGGCGUUGAACGUAGUUCCAUUGAAACCGAAUCAGUACACGGUAAAAAGUGUGGGGCACUAUGGAUUCAACAUUAUAUUCCCAAAAAGAACAUACUACUUCCGUCUGGUUAGCGGCUCCAAUUCACCAGCCUCGCAGACAGAGAGGGAUGAGUGGAUAAGCGCAUUCUCAAAUGCAGGUCUAGAAAAGAGAAGAACAGUGGUGGAUUUCGAAGGAUGUGCAUUAGAACCAAGCCACCAACCGAGUCAGAAGUACUUGCUAAAUGUUGGCUCAUUCAGACAAUCAGACGAUGCGUUGUACUACCACGCUCUUGGGGGCGAAGGAAAUAGCAAAAAUGAUGAGGCUAUGAAAGAUUCUGCAAAUCAAACAAAUUUUGGAGAGAAAUUAUCUGACAUUGUUUCAACAUCUGUCACGAAGGGGAGACCCAAACUUAGUUCCGGCGAGAAACAACCACUGGUUGCCGUAAAAUCGCUUAUAACUGAAGAAAAUGAGGAAGAAGUAGAAAUGCGAGAUGGCAAAAGAAUUCAGGAUGAAGACGCGCUGCAAUUAAAGAACCCUCUUUAUGAUGUUGUGAAAGAUCUGCGAUACUCAUCUUCUGAAGACAAUAUGAGUUCGGGUCACGAAGAGAUGGUUUGUCCCGAGGGAGAUUAUGCUUAUCCGGAGGAUGUUUUCGAGAAUCAACAUGAAGAGGGCAACAGAAAAUCAGACGCAGGAUGUCCAACCUAUGACGAAAUUGGAGACCAGAUUGUUCCAUCUGAAGAAAACAGGGAUCAAGAUAAAGAGGAGAAUACCAUGGAACACGCUCUUUACUCAACAGUUAACCCCAAAACCAAUACACACGAUUCAGGCAAUAAAAAACAAUCUUUCACACCCAGAAAGGAAACACCAAUUUAUUCAGUGUCUGUAAAAAGGCGAAAGUCGAAGAGGGAAUUGCAACAACAGCGUGGAUCCCUCCCGGCCCCUCCCCCUCCUCCCCCUGUCUCCCUCAUUUCACCACUAGCUUUACCAUCUGUACAAAUCUCAGGUUCACUUUCUGAAAACACGAAUGAAGUGAAGUUCAGCCGAAAGAAAUCCUUAGACAGGCCUAAUUCCCAUCCACCGCCGCCCCCAAUAUCUGAGGAUCGCCGCUCGGUGUCAUCGGCAACAACAAAAUCAGUUGUACCAGACACAACCGAACAGCAAGAAUCACAUGUAGAAGGGUCACCUAGUGUUUUUCUAUCACCGUCUGACAGGAGGUCUGCUUCAUCUUUUUCAUCAGAGCUAUCGCAUUCAUCUGCAGGCAAGUCGGGUGUUUUAUCGGAUGAUGAACAAGGACAGUUUUCAGAAAAAAAUGUUUCGGAAUCUUCAAGAGAGAGACUAUCUUCGACACAGUCUUCAGAAUCAUCGAAGUCGGACACACUGAUUACAAACACGGAACAAGAGUAUUCUAAAUCAGAUGCUGGGUCCUUAAUCACGCUAGUCCACCAGCUAACAAUAGUGUCGGAUGAGAAAGUCGACCUUUUAAACAGCCAUGAGCAUCCGACUCCUGCAACCGAAUCGGAAUCCUCAAACUCUAUCAAACAAAACGAUGACAAACCCGAAAUUGAAAGCAAAGAAGAGUGUCCAACCAAGGAAGACCAUAUAGUGACAUCUUUAGAUUCAGAUACUGAGAAAACCGAUUUACAUCAUGAUGCAGAUUUAUCAAGGAUGGGUUCCUCCAAAUUAAACCUACCAGCCCAUAAUCUUCCCCAAUGGCCCCCAGUAUCAGAGGUAACACCCCCACCACCACCACCACCACCACCUACCCAGUUUCAUUUUCUGUCAAAACCACCAACUAUUCCUCAACCCCCCGCGCCCCCGCCUGUCCCACAGACAAACAAGUCACACUCAAAGAAAUUAAGGACGCUGCAUUGGUCGAAACUGAAUAAGUCACAGGUAAAAUCGUCAUUUUGGAAACAUGCGUCAGAUCGUAAAAAUGACAUCAACAAAGAUCUCAUAAUGGAACACUUUUCUAUUGUUGAGGAAAACCAACCAACUAAAACAGCUGAACAAACAUUUGCUGGAACGAAGUUGUUAUUAGAUGCUACCAGAGCAAGAAAUCUUGGUAUCAUUCUAACGGGACUCAAAGCUGAGGGAGCUCGUCAUAUUCGUGAGGUCAUAAACUCUGUUACCGAGGACGAAUUCUUUCCCGCUGAGAAACUUACCACUAUUCGUCGAUAUCAGCCAACAUCUGAUGAUAUAGAACUGUUCAAACUGUAUUCCGACAAGAAAUCGACACUAGAUCCUGUCGACAGGUUUAUGUGUGAACUGUGUGAAAUUGAAUAUAUUGGAACUCGACUGGAUUUGAUUCUACUACUUUGGGAUUUUCCAAGACAGUUGAGAUGUACUCACGAAUCUCUAGAAGAACUUUCACAAGCGUGUUCGGACCUGAAGACUAAUACUUACCUUGUGCAGUUGAUGGAGUAUAUACUUGCCGUUGGAAAUGUUAUGAAUAGUAGUCAUAAAACACAUGGGUUUCCAUUAACCUCUUUGAGGAUGUUUAUGGAUAUGCGAGGCAAAACAACAGAUUUUACAUUUUCACAUUUCCUCGUGGUAAUGUUGGAAGAAAAGGAUCCAGAGAUCAUAAAAUGGACCGGUACAAUGGACAGUGUAAUCAGAUGUAAAGACAUUAACAUCAAGGCCCUUGUUACUGAAGUAGAAGUUUUGAAAAGUGACCUUACAAAACUAAAAAAGAACCUCAAACAUUUGAAAUCGAAAAUAAAGAAACCAAACGAAAUGGAGACGGACUUCUUACAUAAAGCACAGCAUAAACUGGUGGAGUUUGAAAACAGUAUGAAUUCAUUAGAGAAAGAGAGUACCAACAUACAGACCACAUAUCGUCAUCUUUUGGAAUACUUUGGAGAAGUAAGCAGCCUUCCGUCAAAUGAACUGUUCUCUGUCUUGUCCGACUUUGCCGUUAAAUUCAGGAAGGCGACAGAGGACAUUGAUAGGAAAAAACGUUACCAAACACUCCGCCAUUUCUAAGGUGAUCAGAGUGUGAUCAGAGAACGACAAAUUACCAAAAGUGACGACUUACUACAACUAGAAAGAAAGAACACAUCUUUUACCUUGAAGAUACGAUCACGCACUAAAAAGAUGCAAUAAAAAAAAAAGAACUUGUGAAAUUAUAGAGACUAAUAAUUUUUAAAAACUGCAAAGAUGAUGAAUAUUAUCAUAAUGGUGUACAGUGUAUUAUUAAAACUUUUUAUAGCUUGUAAAAUACAUAAUUGAAAAAA